AGACACAUACAAUAAAAAGUCAAAGGCUCAGUUUUCCGACGGUACUGAACAAUUAUUUCCAGGGAUAUAUCAUUCAAUUCAGAAUGAACAGAAGAGCAGUUCUUACAAUUUUAUUGAUGAUAUCAUGCACGGUUAAUGGCCAAAUUGGACGAAACGUCCAAAUGCCGGACAUUAUGUUAAAGACAACACAAAUGGAUAGACAACUGCAGCAACAUGGUUCAACUGUACAGCCAUUUGCUGACGUGAUUAAAGUAGGAAAUUUCCAAGUAGUCGUUAAUGAGGAACUCAGGAACCUGAUGAAAACGUACGAUAUCGCAACGGAAGAAAUCAGACAGAUGCUGAAAAAAUACGCACAAGGAGAAGAAGCCACCAUAACUAAAACGAGACACAAUGAUAUCGGAGCUCAAGAGGUAAUUACACUUGAUUUGGAGAACUUCAUAACAAAAAGCCGACCGAGGAGUGCAGUAAUAAACAACAAAGCCUCUCCCUUUCCCGGGGAAUCUACCCAGAGAUCAAUGAUGUCUGACGUCAGAACUGACGUCAUAAGAUCUGCAAAACCAAGACAAAGGCAACAAAUAGACACAAGAACAUUCCUUCUUGAGUGGUUAAGAUACCGCCAAGCCCUCCUUCAAGCUAGUCUCAAUGCAUACCGAAACGAUAUUUAAUAAAACAAAAUGUACAUGAA